AUGGUAGAAUCUUUGACUGUAGAAAAUCAGGAACACAAUGUUCAACCCCCAUCGGUAACUAGUGCUGGAGAUUCGUAUUCGACACUUGCUACAGAUCUUCCCUUACCAAGUACGAAUGAUAUUAUAGAAAGUCGAGAUCAACUUACAGAAAGUGACUUAGAUGAAGCGAUAAAUGCCACUGAGAAUUUUGCACAGGAAUUAUCAUCUCAAAGGAAAUCUUCUAAAUUGAAAGGUCAUAAAAAGAAAAACCAGGGACAAAUAAAGGCGAAUCGUGACAGAGAUACUAUUGUAAAACUUUCCAGUUCUGUUGGUGAAACCGAGGAAGCUUCCACACGGGAUGCAAUCUCUCAUGAUUUGGAAAGAAAAGACGACGUAAUAGAGAUAGCCACAGAUACAAUAAAUGACGCUACAGAAUCUCCCACACAGAUCCCAAUAGACGUCAAUGUAGUUAUCAAAGAAACUUCUACUAACAAUGUAGCGGAAGGCACAGAAAAUGUACCACCAAUCAAAGAAUCCACAGGAAUUGAGGUUGGCAAUAGCCCAAUUACGAGAAGAAAAAAAAACAAAAAGAAAAAAACCACGAAUAGAAGAGGUCGUAAUUCUUCAAAUCCUGCAGAUACUACUGAUUUGUCAAAACAGUCAACUUUAGAUUCCAUACUAGUAGGCAUUGAAGAGUACCUACAGGAAGAUGGUUCAAAGAACGAGGAUAUCAAAGUAAAUAUUGUCCAAGAUGAGCCUGUUAAUGUCGAAAAAAUGGAUAUCAGAACCAGAAAUGAAUCUAGUGACAAAACCUUCGACAUAGAUGUGCCUAACAAAGAUAAUGUUGACGAAACUUCCUCAAAGUCCGAGAACAAUAUCAACGAGGAAAAGGCAGAACAUACCUUACCUCGAGAAGAGAAUGAGAUCUUAAAUGUUAAUGAGGGAAAUGCAGCUUCUUUUAAACACCAACUAGAGCCGCACGGUUUGGAGGCAGGUGAUGAAAAUGGGCAAGCGUCUACUAAGGAUGUUGAAAGUGAAAGUUUAACUAAGAAUGGGUUUAAUUUCAAAGAGAACGAAUCAAAACAUUUGAAAGCUGGGGAAAAGCAGCAGACUGAAAGUGAUAGAGACGGAAUAAGUCCUUCAGUUCUUGCAAAAAAUCAGAAAGAAACAGAAAUCGGGAAAGAAGACCAUGUUUUUGAACAGAAGGAUAAAGAAGACGAAAAAUGUAGGAAAGAAUUAUCUGUUAAUCAUGAGAAUAACAUGAGCCAUAAUUUUAACGCAGCUGGUAGUGAUAGUAUCAUCCCUCCAGAAACUGAGCGAGAGACUUAUGAUGACGAAACGAUGGGACCAACAAAGCGCAUUAGUGACAAUGAAAAAAAUCUACAACACGGUACUAACGAUAUAUCUGUAGAAGUUGAAAAAGAAGAAGAAGAAGAAGAAGAAGAAGAAGAAAAUUCGACUUUUUCAAAAGUUAAAAAAGAAAAUGUAACCGGGGAGCAAGAAGCUGUAAGAAAUAAUGAAGUGUCCGGUACCGAAGAAGAAUCUACAUCAAAAGGAGAGGAAAUUAUGGGGGGAGAUGAAAAGCAGUCAGAAGCGGGAGAAAAAUCUUCCAUUAUUGAAAUAGAGGGAAGCGCAAACUCUGCAAAAAUUUCUAAAGAUAACCUUGUUCUUGAAGAUGAAGCUGAAGCACCUACUCAGGAAAACAAGCCUACGGAAGUUGUCGGAGAAAUCGAUAUACCUGACGCGCCUAGGGAUGAUGUAGAGAUUGUUGAGGCUGUGGAAAAAAAUAUAAUACCUGAAGAUCUCGAGGUUGCCAAAGAAGAUCAAGAAGGGGAACAAGUCAAGCUGGAUGAACCUGUUAAGGCCAUGAAAGAUGAUAAAAUAGCAAUGAGAGGUGCUGAGUCUAUCAGUGAAGACAUGAAAAAGAAGCAAGAGGGGACUGCUGAGCUUUCCAACGAGAAAGCAAAAAAAGAGGUUGAUGAAACAGCAAGAGAAAGUGCAGAAGGUGUAGAGGUUGAGAAAUCGAAGACUCCUGAGUCUCCAAAAGUAGUUAAGCGUUGUACCUCCGGAAGACCAGAAGAUCUUCAAAUCAACGAAAGAGAUCCUGAGGUUCUAAAGGAAGAUGUUAGAGUUCCCGAUGAAGAUGUAAAGCCAGAAAUUGCAACAACCAUUGAGAAUUCCGAAGAAGAAGAUCCCAAAUCCCAGCGCGUUCAAAUUUCAACAGAACAAGCUGAAACUACACAAAAGGAUAUGGGAGAUGUAGGAUCUACUACUAGUUUCAAAGAAGAAGAAAAACCCAAACGCUUUGAAAUUACACAAGAAGGCGAUAAAAUCACCGGCAAAGAUACAAAUCAUGAACAUGGUGAAGCUACUGAGGCUGCGAGCGAAAAUUCAAAAGCAAGUGAUGUUGGAACUGCCGAAAAAUAUAUAGAACCUAGCAGCGAAUCUGUCAAGAAGGACACCGAGGAAGAUGCAGAAGUGGAGAAUUCCGAAAAAACUGAAUUUAUCAAGGUAAAGGCAGAGCUUGAAAAUCUUGACGCUCCAAAAGAGGCAGAAGUCACUGCUGAACUGAAUAAAGAAAAUGAAGAUGUGGAAGUUGACACCGAGGAAGAUGCAGAAGUGGAGAAUUCCGAAAAAACUGAAUUUAUCAAGGUAAAGGCAGAGCUUGGAAAUCUUGACGCUCCAAAAGAGGCAGAAGUCACUGCUGAACUGAAUAAAGAAAAUGAAGAUGUGGAAGUUGCUGCAACUUCAAAAGAAGACAUCGAAACAAAAUGUUCGGAACCUGCUGAGACUCCAAUAGAGGAUGGAACAUGUACGGAGGCAGAAGUUUCAAAAAAGGAUGCGGAAGCCGUGACAAAAGAAGACGAGAAUAUGGAAAAUUCUAAGAUUGCUGAGGCGCUCAAAGAUGUCACCGGAGAUCAAGAGAUCGACGAUAUCAACAUUUCAGACGAAUUUCAAAGGACAGUCGAAUUGCCAGAAUUGGAAAAACAAGAUAUAAAGGAUAAUAAAGGAGAAGACAAGGAAUUGGAAGUAGAAGAAACAGAGAAAGAAACUUCUCUUCCUGAUCUUGUAGUGGAAGAAAACAUCACGGAGGAAAAGAAUGAAAUUAAGCAAGAAGAAGAGGAGGUAUCCCAGUUAGACUUCAAUGAAACAGAGUCAAUCAGUAAAGAAGCCCCAAACAAUGACGAAAAUGGAUUUGAAGAUCAAAGUACAAGGGAAAAUCCCAAGAAAGCAAGUGCAGAUGACAUCUUCAAAGAUAUUUUGGACGAAACGAAUGAGUUUUUAGAGCAACUAAAAAUUGUUGAUGAUUCUGAACUAAACGCUCUACUCCAAUCACUAGAUGCGAAAGACUCCACAACUCAAACUACUGAGCAAUCCAAGAAAAACAAUGACAAGCCACAAGACGUAAUAACGACUAGCGAGAUCCGGAAGCUGAAUGAAAAGGAACCUGUAUAUAUAUACACGUCACUAGCCGGAGGCGGUUUCCAUAUGAUCCCCAGAACAAAUCGCUUAAGCACAAUCCUGACGGCCAACCGAAUCCCGUUCACCUACAGAGAUCUUGGCACAGAUGAUGAAGCGAGAAAAGUUUGGAAGACUUUCAGCAAGGGUAGGAGUCUUCCAGGUGUGGUCAGAGGACACAAUGACUUAAUCGGGAACUGGGAAGAAAUAGAAGAAGCUAACGAAGACUACAAAUUGCGGGAACUCAUUUACGAUACUAUUUAA